AUGGCGCAUUAUCGCGCGUCGACCGCGUUGGACAAUUAUCAGAGCAUGGCGAGCACACCGAGUAUGAGGAGCCGAGAGCCUGUUGAGGUGUUGCAGAGGCCUUCGACGCCGUCAGAGGAUGGAGGGCAUGUCAAGGUCGUGGUCAGAGUGAGGAAGUUCAUCAAGCGAGAACUCGACAAGCAAUCACCAUGUAUUAUCGAAAUGAACCCGAGCACAAACGAGACCACACUGCAUCCACCCGUACAGGCAUCAGAAGACGCCAAAAGCACGAAACGCGCAUACGAGGAGAGGAAGUUCACAUUCGACAAGUCCUUCUGGUCACAUCGUGAGCAGGACGCACAUUACGCACAGCAACACGAUGUCUACGCAUCAUUCGGAGAGGAGUUCCUGGAUCACAACUUUGAUGGCUAUCACACGUGCAUAUUUGCCUACGGUCAGACAGGAUCUGGCAAGUCGUACACAAUGAUGGGCACACUCGACCAACCAGGCCUCAUCCCACGAACAUGCCGAGGACUGUUCGAAAGAGUCGAAGCCGAGCAGAACAGCAGUAUAACCUACAAUGUUCACGUGUCGUACUUUGAGAUCUACAACGAGCACGUCAAGGAUCUACUCACGCCUCGCACAACGCCUCCUACAUAUCUCAAGAUCCGAGAGAGCAGGAGCGAUGGCGUGUAUGUGCAGAACUUGACCGACGAGCCGGUGAAGUGCUACGAAGAUAUCGAGAGAUUGAUGAAGAUGGGUGAUAUGAAUCGGACGACUGCGAGCACGAAGAUGAACGAUACUUCUUCUCGAUCGCAUGCCGUCUUCACCUUGACCCUAAAGCAGAUCCAGCAUGAUAUCGCGACGGACAGCACGAUCGAGCGUCUGGCACGCAUGCGACUUGUCGAUUUGGCUGGAUCUGAACGUGCUAACCGCACUGAAGCUACGGGGCAACGACUCCGCGAAGGUGGCAACAUUAAUCAGUCUCUUACCACGCUCGGACGGGUCAUAGCUGCACUUGCUGAUCCGAAGCGCCAACGAGCUAUGCGCAUGACCGGCCAGCAGAACCAGAGCAAACGAAGAGCAGAUGUCGUGCCCUUCCGUGAUUCCGUCCUCACCUGGCUGCUCAAGGACUCAUUAGGAGGCAACAGUAAAACAGCAAUGGUAGCCUGUAUCUCACCAACCGACUACGAAGAAACACUCUCGACCCUCCGCUACGCCGACCAAGCAAAACGCAUCCGCACCCAAGCACACGUCAACCAAGACGCCGUCUCAGCCGCCGAGCGCGACGCCAAGAUCCUGGAGAUGCAGGACACGAUCAAAGCACUCCAAUUAUCCGUCAACAACGCCACACUCCGCAAACGAGACGAAGCCGACCGCGCACGAGACGAGAUGGAAGACUACCAGCGCCAAGUCACGAAAAUGCAGCGCGCGAUGGAGGAAUCGCGCGCAGUCUCCGAAGUCAAGAUCCGUGCUCUCGCGCAGGAAGUCGAGGAGUUACGACCGCAGAAUUUGGCUCUGCAACUCGAGAUCGAUUCGCUACGACGACAUCUCGCGUUGGUGAAGGGGGAGUUGAAAGAUCCGAUUGUCAUCCCACGUGAGCUGGCUAUGGACGAUGUGAAGGAAGAGGAUGAGGAAGAAGAUGGAGACUCCGAUAGUGGCGUGGACGACAGCUUCUCCUUUCCUCAUGGUGGUGCAGAGGAAGGUGGGUUUGAGCAUGAGGCGUGGCAGGCGGAUGUGGAUGAGCUGUUGAAGGAUCUGGGGAUGUUUAAGAGGAAGGUUUGGGAUGAUAAGGAGAGGUUUCCGCAUCCUGUUGUGGAUGUUGGUGGUGGAGGGCAGGAGAUUGGGGCGCUGUAG